GGAGGAGAGGAUGCAGAGCAGGAGCAAAGCACCGGGAGAAGAGGAGAUGCUACAAGCCGUCCGUUCCAUCCGUAAUAAUGGGAAAUGUGAGGUGUCUCCCGAACAAGAUGGAAGAGUUGGCGGCGCUGACCAGGCAGUAAUGGGAGUAUAGAGAGAGCAGUUUCUUGAUGUUUACCGAGUCAUGGCUGAACGAACAGACCCCGGACUCAAUUCUAAAUCGGGAUGGUUUUCAUCUCAUCAGAGCGGACCGUGACGUGAGGGAGAGCGGUAAGAGGAAGGGAGGAGUCUUGCGAUGUAUGUGAAUGAGAGAUGGUGUAAUGCUGGACACAUUAGCGUAAAACAGUGGCUUUGCACUAAGGAUGUUGAAUUACUGGCGGUCAGUCUGCGUCCGUUCUAUCUGCCCUGGGAGUUUUCACAUGUAAUAGCUGUUACUGUGUACACCCCCCCCCCCUCAGCUGAUGCGGCUGCAGCCUGUGAACUCAUCCACAGUGAAGUGUCCCAGCUGCAAACGUCUCACCCUCAGUCUCUUAAUAUCAUCUCAGGAGACUUUAAUCAUGCAUCGCUCUCUGCCACUCUCCCCACGUUCACUCAGUACGUGACCUGCCAGACCAGAGACAAUAAAACCUUGGACCUACUGUAUGCAAACAUCAAAGAUGCAUACAGCUCCUCACCUCUCCCCCCGCUGGGCAGCUCAGAUCACAACCUGGUGAGACUGCAGCCCAUUUACAUACCUAUGGAGAAGAAACAACCCCCCACCAUAAGGUAUAUGAAGAAGUGGUCUGAUGAGGCUUCUGAGGUGCUGCAGGACUGUUUUGAGACCACAGACUGGGAUGUGCUGCGUGGUCCACACAGGGAUGACAUUGAUGCACUAACAGACCAUAUCACUGACUACAUUAACUUCUGUGCAGAGAAUAUCGUACCGACCAGGAAAGUACGGUGUUUCUCUAACAGCAAACCCUGGGUGACCUCAGAACUGAAGGCCCUGCUGAAGGAGAAGAGAAGGGUUUUUGGAUCUGGGGACAAAGAGGAGCUGAGGAGGGUGCAGAAGGAGAUAAAGAAGAAGAUCAAGGCGGACAAGGCCAGCUACAGGACCAAGAUGGAAUCUCACCUGAAGAACAACAAUACAAGGGAGGUCUGGAAAGACCUGAGAUCCAUCUCUGGCUACAGCAGAGGCCAUGAGAGGGGAGCUGCAGCAGGAGACCGGGAGUGGGCCAAUGAGCUGAAUCUGUACUUUAACAGGUUUGAUUCUGCUCCCACUCCUCCCCCCUCUCAUCAAAGCACUGACCAGCCAGCUCCUUCUUCACACCUCAGCUCUAUUGACCUUAUUUCGCCCCGCCCACUUUUAAUUCUUCGUUGUUCCGCAUUUUGUCUUCUCACUUCCGGUCAGCCCUUUCCGGGUAGCCGGCUCCGUAGUUAUAGCAUCAAAAUGUCAACAGACGCGACACCAGGGGCUCUAAAAUGUUUUUAAAAGCAGACGUGAACCCAAGCCAGGCCAGCAGUACGAGUCACUUGGCGUGGGUGCUAGUUAGCAGUAGCGGCGUGGUGGAGACAACGGGAUGCUGCUGCAUCGCUGGAUUAGGACAGUCGUGCAGUCAUGCAGCCUCGAUAUUAUGGAAGGUUGAAAAUGCUGUGUCCAGUGAGGUAACUGGCAUAUCCUGCACAGAUGAACAACAGCUCUGGAAUGUGGGGACUCAGAGGAACCUUGGCUCAAAGCGAUUGAUAGGACAACUGCAUACCUGUCUGCCUGCCUGCUUGCCAGCCUCACCUGCUUGCCAAACUCACCUCUGCUUCAAUCCAGCCAGCAUCCUGCAUAAACUCUCUUUUCCUCCCACAAAAAUGCACUUUUUCCUUUAUCUCAAUCUUUCACUUCAUAA